AUGGUUGAAAAGACAACAAAUAAUCAGGACCAACAGAAUUUGGCUAGUAAGAAAUGCGGCGCGUAUAUUCCUCCUCAUAGAAGACAUUUAGGAAUGCAAGAUGAUUCUAAUGCAAACACAGCAAGCCAACCAGCAAGUGGUGUUAAUGCUAUCCCAAUAUAUAGUAAUAGAUCUACUGGAUCCCGAAGUGGAUCUGAGAAUAAAAAGUCUGGACAGGUAGUUUCAAACAGUGCAACAGACCGAUCUGGAGGAGUAACUACUAUGAAUAAUGUUGAUCGUUUUAGUAGCCUGAAUGGAAAUAGGGACAUCUUGGGAGGUAAGGUAACUGCAAAUAAUGGAGGUGCUGAUAGAUUCAGUGGUUUAGUUGAAAGAAACGUUGAGAGAGGUACUAACAGAUACCACCAGCGAGGCAAGACGAGUACUACUGGUACUGGCUGGGACGUUCGUGAUGGUAGGAAUUACAUUCGAGAUGAUGAAGAAAAGAUCUUUCUAAAGUCUAAAGAGCACAGAGCAGGUAUUAAUUUUGAUGCUUAUGAUAAUAUUCCAGUAGAAAUGACUGGUACAGAAACUCACAAGAUAAUCCCAAUGCAUAAUUUUAUGGAAAUAGAGGGGAUUCAUGAGAUUUUACUGGCAAAUAUUAGACGUGUUAAAUAUGAGAGGCCUACUCCUGUACAGAAGUUUUCUAUACCAACAGUUUUAAAUGGUCGGGAUUUGAUGGCCUGUGCUCAAACAGGAUCAGGGAAAACAGCGGCAUUUUUGUUUCCUAUAAUUAUGAGAAUGUUAAAGGAUGGACCUCCACCUACUCCCCAACAAUCAUCUCUUCGAAUAAAGCGUGUAGCAUAUCCUGUUGCUUUGGUACUCUCCCCAACUCGUGAAUUAGCUAUUCAGAUUUAUGAAGAAUCACGCAAAUUUUGUUAUGGUACUGGUAUAAGAACAAAUGUUUUAUAUGGAGGUAGUGAGAUACGAAAUCAAAUUUUAGAUCUUGAUCGUGGUUCGGAUAUAGUUGUUGCUACACCUGGCCGAUUACGUGACUUGAUUGAUAGAGGCAAAGUCUAUCUUAAAUUAAUUAAAUUUUUGAUUCUUGAUGAAGCAGAUCGGAUGUUAGAUAUGGGAUUUGCUCCACAGAUUAGAGAAAUAAUAGAAGACUCAGAUAUGCCACAUAGUCUUGAGGGACGUCAGACAGUUAUGUUCAGUGCAACAUUUCCAAGAGAAAUCCAGCAGUUGGCUAAGGACUUUUUGCAUUCUUAUAUAUUUUUGACUGUAGGAAGGGUUGGAGCAACAAGUGGGUCUAUUGUUCAACGAGUUGUAUAUGCUGAGGAAGACCAUAAACCAAGAUUACUGGUAAAAUUAUUAAUGGAACAGGGUGAAGGUUUAACAGUAGUAUUUGUAGAAAUGAAAAGGAGAGCAGACCAAAUCGAAGAUUUCCUUAUAGAUCAAAAUUUUCCAGCAGUAUCUAUUCAUGGUGAUAGGUCACAACAGGAAAGAGAGCAUGCCUUAAGACUUUUCAGGAGUGGACAGAGACCAAUUCUAGUUGCAACAGAUGUAGCAGCUAGAGGUUUGGAUAUACCUAAUAUAACUCAUGUAAUUAAUUUAGAUAUGCCUUGUAACAUUGAUGACUAUGUUCAUAGGAUUGGAAGGACUGGCAGAGCUGGAAAUACAGGCCUUGCAACAUCGUUUGUUAAUGAAAAUAACAAACCUAUUUUGCGAGAUUUACUAGCAGCACUAGAAGAGAGUGGUCAAGAUGCACCUGAGUGGUUCCAAGAUAUGGUAAAAUCUUGUACUGCUUCCUUUGGUAGAUAUGGAAAUAGAUUUUCAAGGGGUGGUGGUUCUAACUCAGGGACACAGAGAAGUGGAAGAGGGGCAUCUCACAACUUUGGCAGUAUAGAUAUAAGGAGUAAUUCUAAUAAUAGUGGUAGUGAUAACUGGAGGAACUCUAACAACAGAAGAAGUCCAGUUGGUAACUCCAGUUAUAGUGGUGGACCAACUAAUAGUACUGGAUAUAACAGAAUAAACAAAGACUCUGAUCAUGAUGAUGCAUGGUAA